AUAUGGAACCCGUUUAUCCAGCCGCUCCACUGGAGGCUCCGAAGGGCACAGGAGACGUCCUGGCCGAGCACCAGCAGCUACUGACACCGUCACCUCCCAGCUACGAUCAGGCCACAUCCUCUCCGGCGCUCACCACGGGACCCGCAGCGACUCCAGCUCCAAGUGCAGCUCCCGUCCAGCAUACAGUGGUGGUGGUUCCUGGAUCAAUCUACGGGCCGGAGCCCCUGGACAUUCAGUGUCCCUACUGCCACAACUAUGCGCGCACCCGCGUCUCCUAUCGGCCCAACUCGCGCACCCAUCUGAUAGCCCUGAUUCUGUGCCUCUUCCAGCUGUACUGCUGCGUGUGUCUGCCGUACUGCAUUGGCAGUUGCAUGAACACCAACCACUACUGUGGCAUGUGCGACCACUACCUUGGCAGCUACCAGCGCAAAUGAGGAUGGGCCUGAUACCAUGCUCUGGAGAUGGGCUUCUUUCCUCUUUGUCUGUUUCCUCGCUCUUUUCAUGCUUACACAUUUAUGUAUAAAAAACGCUUAGAUAAUAAACUGAUGAUGGUCUUU